CCUUUCUGUCAUGUGAUCAGUUCAAAAUGGCGACUGUAACGCAAGGCAGUGUGUCAAACAACACAUGUUUACAGUGUCGUUUGUGCAAGUUGUGCAAUCCGAUUAAUUUAAAAGAAAAUGCAAAGUUGUGUAUUUGUCCGAAAAAUUCAUGGCUUACCGUAUUUGAUGACAACAACUGUCUCAACGUGACAAAAAUCCACAAACAAUCAAAAGAAGGCGUCAGUCACUUCGCCCUCCAAAAUGUGACUAGCUUUGCAUGGCAACCAGCUCCAGGAGACGGUCUGUGUGUGGUGGACAGUGAGAUGACCAUAGCCCAGUACUCUCUGCAUGGACCAGCACCCACAAUCACCCACCGCUGGACCUUCCACAAACUACAGACAGAAAUACUCACAAGAGUAGCUGAGCUGUCGACAGUAGACACACUGUCCCUCGUUCACUGCACGUCCACAGCAUGCCUCCUGCUUGUCAACACCAGCGUCUUCGUCUCCAUCCAGUUACUGGAUGACGGACUCUGCAAACAUGUGGCCACCUUGACUAUUCCUGGAGCAAGUCACAGUUGUCUACCUUUGUUUCAGAUUGUUGCAGAUCAGUUGGUGGUUCUUGCAGAGAAGACUGAAACUCUUUACAUCUUUGACAUUGGUGCUGGUCACCUGUGGUGUCAUGUGGAUUUACAAUUCUCCAAACUUGAUCCAGCCAAUCAAAUGCAAUGGAGGAUAUCACAUGAUUUCCACAGACUCAUUCUGAUUGGCCAGGACUGGAUGCUCCACACAUUGGCCCUUGAUGCCUACAUCAAAGCUUAUCCUAAAUGUCUUAAGGUAGAGUCAUCAGUCUUCCACCCCUACAGGGAACGAACAUUUCGACCAAACCACUCUACUUGUCGCCAUGGCGAUUCUACAUGGAGAGAAGAGUUAUUAAAUCUGCAUGAAGAAAAACACCUCAAACAAAGCAGUGGAAAAUACUUUCAGAGUAAAACAAGAAGUGAGACAAAACGCCAAAGGAAGAAUGUCACAGGUUUCAAAUCUAGAUUUUCAGUUGGUGGAGUGGCGAGUGAAACAAUUGUAGAUAGCCAUGAGUUGCCGUCAGAGCUACGCCAGUACACGGUAGUCGACAUGGCAGUGAGCAGGUUCGCUCUGACUCUUUCAUUGGCUGAGAGGGCAGCUGGCGGCAGCAAGGCAAUAUGUGUCAUAGAUGCAGCCUUCCACCAAAUUAUUAUGAAAAGCAUUUCCGGUAGUCAGAGAAUCGUGUUGUCCUCCACACCUGGCCAUACCCACCUCGUCUUCAGCGAUGUCUUCGUCUUCCACAUUGUUACUGAAGCUGAUGUAGAACAGGAGGACCUCGUGAGCAAGCUGAUGCUGUAUGGUGGCGCCACCUCUGCCGAUAUGUUGUGUGACUUCAACAAGUGGGGGCGCUGCACGGUGCCUGUUCACACGCUACAAAUCGGGAUACAACAUCGGCAACUUGACACUGUGGCCUUCUUUCUGAAGAGCAAGGAGAACUUGUUCACAGCCAACAAGGAGAAGCCCUCUGUGUCCCCCGUGACUGCUGGGGAGGAGUCCAUGCUGUGGACAUCCCACCUCUGCCACUACGACAGUGUGCAGCAGUUAGAGUCUGCCCUCUCCUUCCUAGUCCAAGCUGUCAGAGAAAAUGUGAAUGAUCAGCAGUCACGUGACUUUGCCAACAAACUGUUGACCUUGACCUUGGAGUUUCUGUAUGGCCUUGUCCACAAUGGUCUGUCUGUUCAUGGGGGUCUAGGUCAGACCCAGUGUGACCAGCAGGAGAAAGGUGACCUUGAGAAGGCCGUUGACCUGUUGAUGGGAUAUAUUGCUCAACUACGCCAGUGUCUGACAUUAGCUCGUGGCAAGUUGAUCAUCAAGGCAUCAGACACACCUGAUGGACUUACCACUGACGACAGCGUAGAGGACUCUGAAUGGUCACAUUUGACAGCAGAGGAUGCGGUAGAGGCAGCCACCCUGAAGAACCGACUUCUUCUCCUGCAGUCCCACCUAUUAACGAGCAGUGAUACAGGUGUCGCCAGGUAUGAGCAACUCGUUAACAACUGUAUGGACCAGGUUCUCCUCUACCUUGGCAACAGAGAUAUGAGCAAAGCAAAGGAGCUCCUGUCUAAUCUGGGUUUUGAUGUCUCUGCCAAACUAUGGCGCCUAGCAGAGCGUGUGAAGUCUCGCGACCUCCAAAUGUUCAUCACAUCGGAGCUCCACAAAAGUGGAAGUCUGACCCCCGAGGAGGCCAGUGAGGUGUCCUUCCUGCAGCGGCUGUAUCAGCUGUACCCGUGUAACGCCUUCAGCCACGCCAUGAUCACCACAACGGGGCACCGCCGCAGUGCUUGGUCAGAUGAGACUCUCUUGGCAUCUUUAAUGAACAAAACUAGUCACGAGGUGAACAGUGUCUGUGGAGAUAUUGGUGGGCAAGGGUCAGGGGGCAGUCCAGAUGGAUUAUAUGCAGAGGUCAUUCUAACAUGGAUACGAUCUUGGGACCAAGAAACAAGGGAGAGAACUCUGUUAGAAGCACAGAUUGGAAAAGAUGAUUUCAUCAUGGAAAUGUAUCCAAACAGAAAAUUGUUGUGGAAGUACCUCUUGAGCCACAAUCGCCAUGACGAUGCACUGACCUUACUUGACCUAAUGAUCAGAGAGGUCACUGAAGAUGGUAGCAGUUGCAGGCAACGUCAGGACUGCAUUAUUGACCUUUACAGUGACCUUGACCUCUGCAAUGAAUCAAUGCAGAUGGAAAUUACUUUACGUCUCAUGAAGAAAGGUUUUAUCUGGAGUGAGAUGCUGUCUGACUUCCCCGUCCUGAUGAAGCACCUGUCGAGGGUGGGAGGGGUGGUGUGUUCCCCCCACCCCCUGCAGCAUCUGGAUCAACACACGGUGCACCACUUCCACCACCACUUCCUGGCCUACUGUGCCCGGCACCAGCUCGUCCUGCCGCUGUGGAGAUACUGCACAAGACACAGGCUGCAGCUGGACAAGAUUGAUGUUGAAAGCCAAGACCUGAAGACAUGGCUGACUAGCCUACAGCACUUCUUCACCAUCUGCCGCAACCCAGAUGAUUCAGAAGCUGUGUAUCAGGCCAGUCUCAUGUGUGCCGCCAGUAUUUGGAAGAUAAACGACCCAUCCCUCGCUGACCUCAUUAGACAAGACCAUGUGAAUGUUGCCGUAGCAACACUUCCAUAUCUACCUACACCUUUACAUCAGAACUCGGAUGUGUUGAGACUGGAGGUCUUCGGGAACAUGGACCAGAAUUUACUGCAGGACAAGCUGAAGGAGUACCCUAAACUGUAUUCGGCUCUGUUCCCCACUGACUCCAUAGCUUCCCCUCGCAUCGAUGUCAACGUCUACCAACUGCUCAUGGGAAGUGCGCCACUGGAUCCAAGGCGCUUGUUCGGUUGGCAGAAUGGAAACACAGUUGCUGGAGAAGAGUGCCAACGGCUGCUGCCCUACUUCUCCCAGACAGACCUGGUGUCACAGUUCGCCUACUCGGAGAAGAUCCGUUACAUGUUCUACCUAAAACAUGGCAGACCUACGUAUGCCUUUCUCUCCUUCCUGGCAGAGGAGAUUGACUCGGGCGCAACAACUAUAAGCAACAAGAGGAUUAACACUGUGUGUGGGGUGGCGCUAUGGAUAGCCGUGAAGAACUUCACAAGUGCUGCCAUCACAAGUGCAUGUGUAGCUUUUGUGGAAAUGAUCGACCAAGACAGUCUGCCAUUGCGAACAUACAUUCAAAUAGGUGUGGAAAUUCUCGCUUACAAGAACAAUGGCAUCAUGGGUACCAUUGACAAGAGGAAGGAGGUGAUGCACGCACAUGAAGAGGAAGUGGUGGACCUGCUGUUGAACUGUGUGAGGCGGAGGAGGAGGAAUGGCCCCAGCGUGGUGGAGGCCUUGGAGAGGGCUACAGCGGACAGCAUCAUCAAGAAGGGCAUCAACAGUACAAGUUUCGAUGCUGCCCACCAGUGGCUGCUGACUGUGACCGUCUGCCACCUGCUCCACCUGCCUCUGUCCACGGUGUUCCUGGAGGAGUGUGCCCAGGCUGACAAGUGGCUGCCCUUCCUCUGGUUUGCUCAGCUGCAUCAGUUCCCCAAACAACAGUUGCAGGGUCUGCUUCACCAGUUCCGCAGUCGACAUCUGCGAGAACACCUCCACUAUGUCAUAGAAAAUGCAGAUGCCAAGUCGGUGAUGUUGCGAAGGAAGUUGUCGGAGACGCCAACUGACACUCAGACAAGAGGCUCCACAAAGGAUGUCAGAUCUUCCCUUUAUGCCAAGAUUGGCUUGUCAAAGGGGAGAGGGAACGCGAGCAGUGAUGAGGAGGACCACCUCAGCCUGGACUCUCCCCAGGGGGCUGCCCUUUCUCUGGAUCAGUCACAACCAGUGGACCUGACCCUCACGGAGGACUCGGCGGGGGAGGACGUGUUCCAGGUGGUGUUCUCGUCCCAGGCCGCAGCGUCUCCCUGGAAGUCCCUCUUACAAGCAUCCGUUGUCCUCCGCAAUUCCCUUUUUGCUGAACUAGCUGCUUGUCAACAGGAUGCUUCUGUGGCUGCCUGUCUGUGUGGAUGGUUGGUAGCAAUGAUGGACCGUACUGAGCAUGCUCAGUUCCUGGAGGCUCAUGGGAAGUCAGCCUCAGUUUGGAAUAUGGCAGAGCUGGAAGUUCUGAUUGACCUUUACAUUGGAAAACACUGGGAAUAUACUCUUGCUACAGGAUUUGACAUAUUUCAGACUUAUUCACCGCUGCUUCCCUUCCUGAAGUUCCUGGCGGAGCUGACACAGGGAAGGAACUACAGCACCUGCACCCGUCUCCUGGGAGACUUCAAGGAUGCAAUGUCCAAUUACCGUGAGGGCAGAAGAUUCGAAUCUUCACAGCUGAUAAUUUUGGGGAACUGUCAUUGGCUAGAACAGACAGCCAAUCGGCUGCUACAACAUCAGUUGCGCCACACUCCAAAUCUAUAUGAGGCACUACGAUUCGUUCAGUUAUUGGAUCAAGAAAAUAUUGCCCUUGUCUUCAGUUUUGAUGUGCCCGACUACAGUCGUCUCCAUAAGUUAGUGCGCAUCCUACACGCCAACAACCUGGAUACCGUGGCCUUCCCAGAAUUUCUGCAGCAGGACGACAGCAGCCAUAGGGAGAGGGAGAAGACCAUCGAUGUGCUGAUAGAGAGGAAGGCGUUCGCAGAUGCGUACAAGUUCGCCCGUCUCACCAACCUGUCCUGUGACGAGAUCACCCUGAAGGAGAUGUUGACGGAGAAGGAGAUGUUGCAGAAGACUCUGGUGUGGAGGUCGAAGGUCGCCAGGUCCCGCUUCUGGAGGUCAUGUGCGGACAAGUUUAGACUUAAUCAAGUCUCCACCACUAGUGUCAUGGAUUUCUUCAAACUGGAAGCAGAAACAAUUGACAGCAUGAGUGAGAAGGCCGGAAUCUACCAGCUGUGUCUGGAACUGAUGACGUGCCAUGAGGCCACUGACAGCUUGUAUGAUGGGGUCCACAGGCAGAUGUGGCACUGCCGGAUACAGGCCAAGAUUUCACAACAAAAGGGGGAGAGCGAGGAGAGUAGCGAGCCGGUGGAGGAGAUCCUGUCUGUCAUGGAGGCAACAGAGGAUGGAAAGUGGUUAGCAGACAAGUACGAGCUGCUCUGUCUGGGCAAGAUGCCACCCAGUAGAAGACAGUCCCAUGUCUCAACAGAGGAAACAGAUGCACUAAACUCACUGAUUGGCCAGUUGCUGGAUGAGGGGAAGAUUCGUGAGAGUUGCCAGGUGACCAGUGUCUUCCAUCACUACAGCCAGGACCUUGCCAUCAUCCUUACAUGUGUACGGUUGAGUAAUGAAACUGUUACUCGAGAAACAAUGGAGCCUGAGAUUAGGCGUCUGCUGACAAUAGACAGAAGGUCAAGGUCAAGCUUUGGCUCAUUUUCUGGUUUUAGUCGCACAGCAAGUUCUGUGAGUCUGGCAACUGCCUCAACUUGGGACUUUCUGCCUGUUGAGAAGGAAGAUGCCAUUGUUGUCAUGGAGAAGCUACAAGGGCAUUGUAACCAUGGGCAACAGUGCUGUCUGAGGAUAAUCACCGCAUUUAAAGUUGCAUGUGUGCUUGAUGUGGAUUAUGCGCAAGUCGUUAACAGAGAGGAGUUUUCCAUCCUGGAUGAGCUAUUGCGGACAUCGUAUCCCCAGCGGUUUAUCCUUGCCAGGGACUAUCUGAGCACCAGUUCAUUGUCAGAUGACCAGGUGGCCAGCUUCCUGUCUGUUUCAAUCAUCAAGGCUCUCAAGGUCAGCAUGGGAGGGCAGUCAGGUCAAGGUAUGAAGGCCUCCAGCCCCCGAGACCUGAUGUUCAACCCCAUCGAGAGGAUCUCCAUGUUUGACCAGUUCAUCAAGCUGUGUAAGGAACCAUCCCGUCUUGGGGAGAACCUGCUGGAGGCCUCCCUGGCCCUGGGCGACUGCUCCGACGACCUGCACUCCAGUGGCCAGACCCUGUCCAUACAGACGGAGCUGAUGAUCAUGGCGCACGACUGCCACACCGUGGCCUGCAACAUGGAGGGCAUCUCACACGUGCUGCGCGCUGCACGCAUCUGCACCGACAGUCUCACGCAUGCAGAGGAGUUCUCCCUGAUGAUUCGGCUGCUGACUGGAGUGGGCCGGUUCAAUGAGAUGACAUAUAUCUUUGAUGCCUUGAAACUCCACCACAAGUUUGAACUGCUGCUGGGGAAAGGGAUGGAGAGGGGCGACAACUUGAAGACGGCAGUACUGGACUACCUGAAGCGCUUCCACCCCGAGGACAAGGACAGCUACACCAUGGUGGCUCACAAGUUCAUGAUGCAUCGCGAGAUAGCUCACAUGCUGGAGGAGUAUGGCUGCCGGAACCUGAAGGCCCUCAAAGACAAACCCUUAGAGAACACGCGAGAUAUCCAGGAGAAUCUUAAAAGAAGCGCCCAGUACUUCUCCGAUGCUGCUGAAAGCUACGUUAAGGACAGCUGUCUCCGUCAUGCACAUCAGUGUCUGCGUCAAGCGCGUCUGCUGGAGCUACAACUUCAGCACCUGUCGUCAGGGGUCCAGGUCGUCAACCUCUCCCCAGAGGGCGUGACAGCCCUCAUCUCACAACACCCCAAGUUUGUCGAGUCCCUGAUUGUCAGUGAGGCUUAUGGGAAACGUGCCAACUGGUCUGAGGCCAUCUAUUACAACAUCAUCCUGAACGGCGACUUCCGCUACCUCCAGGAUCUUCGGUCACACAUUCGCCUCACAGCUCCCAUGAUACAGGAGGCCAUAAACAGGUUCCAGCAGUCAGCAAACAACGCCCCACAACAACAACACAUGAACAACAUCAAGAAGUUGUUGCCGUUCUGCAAGGAUGUACGGUUGCAGUACAACAUAGCAAAGGAUCUGCAGCUGAAUGACGUUGUUACCUCAAUGUUGAAGAAUGACUCGUGGAACUAUCUGACAGACAUCGUCGCCAUGUCGUAGAGCUUCAGACAUGUGUUGCUUCCGUCACAUCGUGUUGUCAUCACUGUGCUGUGCUGCUCACUUCACAGGGGAAAAUGUUAUUUAUUUUAGGAGACAUUUUCUUCGACAACAUGACAAGAAGCUGAGGCAAGAAGGUUUCAGGGUUGUUUGAGGUAAAUUUGCCUUGAAAGUUUAUUGAAAAGUUAAAAAACAACAUGUUUUCCAAAAAGAAAAUGUUUUCAAAAUAGGUCGGCUCACAAACAGGAUUAUGAAUUGGCCAGGCCCUAUUGGAAAAACUAAAAUUAUGAUCAACCAAAAUUUGAACAGUUUCAAUGCAAAAUGAAAUGGAACAGGCAGAAAUGUAUGACAUUGACAGCUCCUUCAUCAAAUUGCUAAAAAGUAUUAUUAUGUUGGCAUUAUACUAAAGAAGUGAAUUAGCAGGUGAUAGGUACAUAUGUGAUAUUGAAUAUAUACCAUAUGUACAGAUGUUAUGUGAGAUGUAUAUACCAUAUGUACAGAUAUGAUUUGGGUGUAUAUGCUAAAUGUACAAAUGUAUAUACUACAUGUACAGCUGUGAUAUUGAAUAUAUACCAUUAGUACAGAUGUGAUGUUGGAUGUAUAUACUAUAGCCAUUAUGUAAACCCACUGACUCGGUUCCACUCUCUGUUCAUGUGCAAUAAACUUUUACCAUAUUACUUAUAUUAGUAUGUAUCUGACAAUGCUUUGUAUAGUGUUAAAUAAAACUCCAAGCAUAACAUGACUUAAUAUUAUGAUAAUAUUGAUAUGAUGCUCAAGUUUAAGUAUGAGAAUUGUCAUGAUUCAGUGUAUAUAAAUAAAAGUUGCCAUUGAUGUAUCAUUUUCUAUAAUUUGUAAAUAUCAAACUGUGAUUAAUGCAUCUUGUCUUUCAUUCAUGUGUAGAAUAAUGUUAAUAUCCAGACAUGUUUGUAUUCAUUGGAUAUAGCAGGUACAGGCGAUGACUAUCUGGCUGUACAGAUCUAUAUGUAGGUCAGAUAUCACAUUAGGCUUAAUGAAAUCUGGCUGUAUAAAUAUAUCUGUACAUAAAGUAUCCAAGUAAGCUUGUAUCAGUUGAAGGGCUGUCGGGUAGCCUUGUGGUUAAAGCGUUCAGUCGCCAUGCCAAAGGCCUGGGUUCGAUUCCCGACAUAGGUACAAUGUGUGAGGCCAAUUUCUGGUGUCCCGCACCGUGAUAUUGCUGGAAUAUUGAUAAAAGCAGCGUUAAACCAAACUCUUUCAUUCACUAUAUCAGUUGCCGGUGUGGAUCCAGAUGGUGUGUCUGUCCAAGAAGUGCUAACAUUAUCAUGAUUUCUUUUUUUCUCCCUCACUGCAGGAUGACUGAAACAUAUUUUGUAAUAAACUAUUUGUUUUGUUGAA